AUAACGGGGAAAAGACGUGUGACGUCGAAAAAUGGUGUUUGUUCUGUUUGGCUUGGAUUCGGGAAAUCCAAAACUACUUGUGAUCUUUCUUUCUGUACAUGCAUUGCGCUCCUCCCUUUCCCCCCCCCCUCUCUCCUUGCAAUGCUCUUCCUCCGCUCUCUUCCCCGGCGUACUGGGCCUAUCCGGCUACCGGGUCUUUCUCGCAAUGCUCCACGCCGCACUCUGAUCCCUGCCCCGGGUCCCAACACGGGGCCAUUGAUGGAACGACGGGCAGACCGUGAACUCCCCACCAUUCAGAACAGCCGCCGUUGGAUGCGAACGUUCCCUUUCUUUGCCGUGGCAGUUGGUGCUGCUAUGCUCGGUAUUUUCAACUACCAAAAAUCCUCCUCGAGUAUCGUCAGUAGCACACUGUAUGCAUUGCGGACUUCUCCCCAAGCUCGCGAGAUCUUGGGUGAUGAGAUCUACUUUGCUCAGCAGAUCCCCUGGAUCAGUGGGGAAAUGAAUCAGUUACAUGGGCGCAUUGAUAUCUCGUUCUGGGUGAAAGGCACGAAGACCCAGGGCAAGAUGCGGUUUCGAAGCAUCCGGCCGGACCGGAUGAGUUUCUUCCGUACCGAGGAAUGGAGUCUGGAGACCGAAGAUGGCACAGUGAUCCAAUUGCUGGAUAGUGACAGUGAUCCCUUUCGUCAAGAGUGA